GUUAUCAGAGCUUCACACACCUGCUGAGAACAUGAAGAUGAGUCGUGUGUUUCUGGUCCUGGGCUUCGUCCUGAUCAUGGCGCUCUACUCAGACGCUCAGCCUUUUGCCCUACCGUCUGAGGAGUGCUGUUUCAACUUCUUCACUGGCAAAAUUCCUGCCAAAAACAUCCUGAAUGUUAAAAAGACAGGAUCACACUGUCCCCAGCAAGGCUUUGUCGUUACUACUGUUAAACACACUGGUAUGUGUGUCCGUGAAAUCAGCCUCAAAUGACAAGAAGAAAGACAAAAAUUUGCAACAAAAAAAAUGCAACUGAGAUGCAACACAAAGAUGCUUCAUAAAGUUUAACCUUUAGCCAUUUAUUCACCAUUUAUUAUGAUGCUUAAUAAUGUUAUUGUUGCUUAAUGAAGUGCAGAUUCAAAUAAAGUUAUCAUUUGCACCA